CGUCUCUUCCGGUUGUGUUCCUGGUUCCACUCCUUCGUCGGCGAUGCUCCCCAGGGUGGCGGCGCUCCUUCCUCGCCGCCCUCUCUCCCGCCGGGCGGUGUCCUCCGGAAGCCCGGGGGCCUCGGCGGCUGUGACUGUGCCACUCGCGUCCCCGCCUGCAGCUGUCAGGACAGAAAAUGGUAUCCAGAGAUACUUUGGCACCAGCAGUGUGGUCUGUAGCAAGGACGAUGAACAGUCUGCUUCAACCGGUGAGGUUGCCAAGAAGACAUCAAAGAUCCAAGACAGAAGAAAGGAGAAUAUGAAAAAAAGCUUGCUGGACAUUAUUAAGAAUAUGAAAGUUGAAUCGAACAUAGGAAAUGUACAAACGACAAAGCCACCUGGCAGGAAACCUAAGAGUGUGGAGGCUACAAUCGGCAGAAUGCAGAGAGCUACGGAAGGUGCUCCAAAGAAGGGAAAUGAGCCCUUGAGUCCUGAGCUGGUGGCUGCUGCAUCUGCUGUUGCAGAUUCUCUGCCGUUUAAUAAGCAGACAACCAAGUCAGAGCUGCUCAGGCAGCUCCGGCUGCAUGAGGAAGAGUCAAGGGCCCAGAAAAACGAAGAGAAACCUAGAAUUAGCUUCAGUAACAUAAUAUCAGACAUGAAAGUUACCAGAUCCUCCUCUGUUAGAAGUAGAACAAGGCCAGAACAUCAGAUCCAGUUUGAUGAAGGAUCUGACCAGGAGGGGACAACUGAUCUUAAAAAAAGUCUUAGGAAAAAUUUGUACAAGGGGAAAAGACUUAAUAUUUUUGAUGUUAAUGCAUUUACUGAAGAGGCACCUGAAACAGAAACAGCACCUUCUCUUUGGGAGAUAGAAUUUGCUAAGCAGUUAGCCACAGUGAAUGAGCAGCCCUUUGAAAAUGGGUUUGAGGAGAUGAUCAAGUGGACACAGGAGGGGAAGCUGUGGGAGUUCCCGAUUAACAACGAGGCAGGUUUUGAUGAUGAUGGUUCAGAAUUUCAUGAUCAUAUAUUUCUGGAUAAGUAUCUGGUGGGAUUCCCUAAACAAGGACCAAUUCGCCACUUCAUGGAGCUGGUGACUUGUGGCCUUUCCAAAAACCCGUAUCUGAGUGUUAAGCAGAAGGUGGAGCACAUAGAGUGGUUUAGAAAUUAUUUCAAUGAAAAAAGGGAUAUUCUCAAAGAAAAUUACAUACAGUUUAAUUAAUAUCAUGGAGAAAUUUUUAUUUUAAACCAUUGAAGAUGGAUAUUUGUUGCAGUCAGGUUCUCAUUGCUGGCAGAAAACACCUGAACAAGAGCAGCUUGUGGGAUAAAAAGGCUUAUUUUGGCUUACAGACUUGA